UUUUAUCUUGUUUACGAUUGGAACAAUAAAGGUAAAGAGAUCUUGCUUGACUGGUUUGCAUAGGCAUGAAGCCACGACCAUAAACUGGACAAUCCAUCGUCCUUAGACGCACCGAUUCCAAAGGCUUUAGUUGAGAAGCAAGGACUCGUGGAGUAAAGCUAAGAUAGUUGGGUUCUAUCAUCGAGAUUUGGACUAGCUCGCAUUGUCUACAGACAUUGUGGACCAAUACAGAGAAUAGAUGGGACUGGAUUUGACUCGGAAGAAAAUCAAAGAGAUGUAAUAGUUUCUCUCUCUAAAAAAAGGAGCAGACAUUGAUGACGUAUCUGAGCGACAACAUGAGAAGGUGAGAGGGUCCACCAUGCAGACGGUGUCACAUCAAUAAGAGAAGGGAAAUACUAUUGUUCAAAUCGCAAAGUCAUCAGUGCUUCCAGCACCAGACACUGAAGACAGUUACUAAAACACCAAGAUUCGACAAAGAAAGAUAUCGUUUUAAGGUCUAAUAACAGUGCUCGUUUAGCCAACCAAGUCGUCUAGGGUUUAUCACGAUUUUUGUGUUAAAUUGGGUAAUCAUUCUCCACGUGAGUGAACAAGACUGAAAGCUUUGGACUAGCAUUCGCGAUCUCGCUUGGCAAACUUUUAAGAAAUUCUCAGAAUCUCAAAGUUUCAGAGAGGGAAACCUUACGUGGUCUCCAACUUCCGAUCAUCUAUUCAAAGUUUUCAGAAUCUGUUGGGAUUUAGUUUGUCCGUUUUUACUGAGAGGGUUUUCUCAUCUAUACAGCGUCUUAUUCGUCUGCGAUACCAACGUUUUGUUCGACGUCGCCUUCAACGUCGAUUCCGCCAGGACUUUGUUUCAAUUUUUUCAUUGAGAAAUACACUUUCCAUUCACUCAGUACUCCUGUUGAGUGUGAAAAUUACCUGCUUCUCAACGACAUGGUGUAGUAAAGCUUCCAUUGGGGGAAGGCCCGACAAAAGAACAAGCUUCAAAUCGAGUACUUCGAUAAUACAAACUUAUGCGGAUGGAUUCAUCUAUGUUUGGAAACAAAGCUGGAACGCGCUUCUUGCUGAACUGAUUCUAAGAGAUAUUAUCGUUCAUCUCUAGAGAUAUAAGCUUGUGAUGGUUCCAUGAAAAAGUAAAAAUAAGAAAUUCUAUCUCAGUUCCUUCGGUUCUUUUAUCAAUCUGGUGUCUGCAUUAUUGUUCACCGAAUGAUUUCUCGGAGGGUAUUCUGUGAAAGAGGAGGGACUUGUUAAUAGAUCUGACAAAACAAUAUUCAUGAAACAGUUAUGCUCCAGUUUGAAGUAGCAACAAAUUUCAUAUAACAUCUUCUUUUCAUCUCUACUGGCAUUCUUGAAGAUUCAGAUCGUUGCUUAGAAAAAAACUUUUACAGGCCCCGGACAAAGGAAACACUUAACAUUGUGCAUCUUAAAGUUGUAGAGUUCCGUUUGUUCUAUGUGGGUUCCAUUGAACACAUGUGAAACUUGGCACAGUGAUAUACUGAUAGCGAGAAAUUUGUUGCUCCUCCCCUCGUUUGUGGUAGUAGAAUGGUGUUGAUUGAAACGCAAUACGAAACAAACUGUUAUUUGAAUUUUAAAAAAUUGAAUUACUUAGAAUUUGGUAAUAAAUGCGUGCUUGCCUGGAGGGAAUGAUACUGGGAUUGCAAAGCAUUUCACCUUUCUCUUUUCCUGACUUUUUAUGGAGUCAUAUCAAAUCUGACGCUCACUUCUCUCAGUGGAAACAGCGAACGACGAGGGUUACAUUUUUUUGUGCAAAACUACAUUUUCUUGUUAUAUCGUCAACCCACUGUUAAUUUUGAUUAGUUUAACACGCUUUCCAAUUAAUUGCCUAAAUUUCUGGCUCAAUGUGUUCUAAUUCUUUUGCUGAAUCUUGUGGGAUAUUGCGUAGUGUGGUCAGUGCCUGCGAAGAAGUUUGACCACUUUGCAACCUUGAUGCGUCACAGUCAUAAACCGAAGCCAUCAUUCGAUACAGUUUGCUUCAAUGAACAUAAAACACAUUAAUGGAUUACUGAAUGAUGUGCAAUGUAUUCGUUACAAUAAACUCUGAAAGGACGCGUAAGCACUGAAUUGGCUUAUCCGAUUUCGACUCAUUACGGCCGACAGAAAGGGAGAGAGGGGAGAGAAGAUUGCAACAAACUUUAACAUAGCCUAUAGGGGAAAAAGGACAAGUAAUAACGCCGUUCAUAACUUUCUCAUCGUAAUUUGGUGGCGUCCCUUCCCGUUCAAAAAACCUAAAUCUAAUUCCAACCGCAAAAACCUCUAGGUGGUAAAAAGAUCCCCAUCAAGGUCCUUGUUUAACAAGGUCACAAAAAGAGCAUCUUCCCCUUUGACCUUUAACCCCUACCCCUCAUCUGAAAGAAAAUAAAACAAAAAGAGAAAAUAUAGAAAAAUUUCCACACCACCACGGGGUGUAACUAAUUUUGGAGUGAAAGGACACCAGCAUUUCUUCACUUUCUUUCCGAACGUUAUCUUGUAACAAACUAUAUUACCAACACGUCGAUGAGAGAUCCUUUUUGAUAUUUUGGAGGGGUACCAACAUUUUACGUUUGGCACCAAUCGACAUACCAUGCAGCAACCGCGAGAAGGGUAGGACAAAGCUUGAAGAUAAAGCGCAAAGUAGACAAUUGGAGAUUUGUGAAGCUCCUUAUUAAAUCGCUGGACGAUAUUUAUUGGAGUAUUACAAGAUGGAGUGGACACGUUUAGCUAUUGGUCUCGUCAUCUUUCUCGUUCUACCACCCCACAUCAUUGGUCUUUGGUGGGCUGUAGGAAGUCCAUUGAACUUCGACCCUAAUCGAAUCUGUCGACGAUCACGGAAGCUCCGUGGUAGCAGCAAGCAGCGAGACAUCUGCCUCCGUGAACCCGAGAUCGUCCAGGAGGUCGUACGUGGAACGAAGCUCGGGAUGUUGGAAUGUCAGUUCCAGCUGAGGCAUCAUCGAUGGAAUUGUACCACCAUGCACAACUCUUUCAUCAAAGUCAUUAGACAUGAUACGAGACAGACAGCAUUCGUGAACGCGAUCACCACAGCGGGGGUAACCUACGCGGCAACCCAGGCCUGCAGUAUGGGCAAGCUACACCAGUGCGGUUGCGCCAACCUACCGAGUGGGCGGAACGAACUGGAUACCAACGAAGCCUGGGUGUGGGGAGGGUGUGGUGAUAACGUCGAGUAUGGAUACACCAAGUCCAAGGAGUUCGUCGAUGCACACAUGAAGCGAAGGAGCGAUAUAGGAACGCUGGUGACUUUGCAUAACAACGAGGCUGGAAGAUUGUCCAUCGCCAAGCACAUGCGACGUGAAUGUAAAUGCCAUGGCCUUUCGGGCUCCUGUACUCUCAAGACCUGCUGGAAGAAAAUGCCAACAUUUCGUGACGUCGGCAACCGCCUCAAAUCCUAUUUCGACGGCGCCGUCAAAGUCACCGGCGGCAACAGCGGCGAGAAUCUCAUCCCCGAAGACGAAACGGUCAAACAGCCCACCAUCAAAGACCUGGUCUAUUCCAUGGAGUCCCACGACUUCUGCGAGCCUGAUCGUAAAUCGGGUUCGCUCGGCACCGAAGGGCGACGAUGUAACAGCACAUCAAUGGACGUCGGAGGAUGCGACAUCAUGUGUUGUGGAAGAGGAUACCACGAAGUGCUGGCGGAGAAGCGCGAGAAUUGCAGGUGUCGGUUUCACUGGUGCUGCGUCGUCAACUGCGAAACGUGUAGAAUAGUUCAAACGAUACAGACUUGUAAUGGAUACAAUCUCGGGUGACACCUAUCUCUGAAACUCUUUACAAAGACAUUAAAAAGAUGAACAAUCAGUCCAUAUUGCAAAUCAUAUAGGAUUGUCUUACAUGACUAUACUAUUCCUUAUUAACGUUAUCUUCCUUUCAACGUACAUGUAUGUCCAUGUGGUGGCCAUAGUGUAGAUCGUCUUAUCAUGCAUCGUAGUUCUUUUGCUGUGAUUGAUAAAGCAAUAACAUUCAUCGUUAUAAAUCAUGAUUAAAAGGUUUUAUAUUAAGGAUAUAUUGACUGCUUUGAGAGGCAUAGUGGUUUCUAUAGGGUCAAGGGAA